GGGAAGAUGUAUUGAAGAGCAAGAUAUGGGAUUUACCAGAAGUGGGAAGUGAAAUUGCACCGGCUCUUAUGUUGAGCUAUCAUAAUCUCCCUUCACAUUUAAAGAGGUGCUUUAUGUAUUGCUCUGUACUUCCCAAGGACUAUGAAUUUGAGGAGAAACAGUUGGUUCUACUAUGGAUGGCAGAAGGUUUACUUCAACCACGAGAUGAGAGAAAGCAAAUGGAAGAUUUGGGUAGCGAGUAUUUUCACAAUCUGCUGUCAAGGUCAUUUUUCCAACAAUCAUUCAAGGAUGAAUCAAGGUUUCUUAUGCAUGACCUCAUCAAUGAUUUGGCUCAAUGGGUUGCAGGAGAUAUAUGCUUUAAAAUGGAGGAUAGAAUUGGGGGUAAUAAUGGAAGGAAACCUUCUACAAAGGCUCGACAUUCGUCUUACCUAGGUGGUGAAUUUGAUGGCAUUCAAAAGUUUGAGAUUUUUAAUGAUCUCACAUGUUUACGAACCUUCCUACCUCUUAUGCUUCCAUAUCCAGGCAAUUGUUACUUGACUAGUAAUGUUCCUCUUGAAUUAUUGCCAAAAUUGCAGCGCUUAAGGGUGCUCUCUUUGAGGGGAUACAACAUAUUUGAGUUACCAGAGUCAAUUGGUGAUCUCAAGCAUCUACGGUCCUUUGAUCUUUCUCUCACUAAAAUCAGAAGCUUGCCUGAUUCAAUAGCCACUCUCUAUAAUUUACAGACAAUGAUUUUGGAGGAUUGUUCUAAUCUAAAGAAAUUGCCUUCAACGUUUGCUAACCUAGUCAAUUUGCGACAUCUCAACAUUCAAGGAGCACGUGCAUUGGAUGCAAUGCCUCCGCAAAUGGGUAAAUUAACUUGUCUCCAAUCAUUGUCUAAUCUAGUUGUGGGAAAAGGUAGUUGUUCCGGGGUAAAGGAGUUAGGGCCUUUGUUGCAUCUUCGAGAGACACUUUGCAUUUCAGGAUUGGAAAAUGUGAUUAAUCUUGAGGAGGCGAGGGACGCUAGGUUAAUUGAAAAACACAAUCUCCAUGGGUUGUCAUUGAAAUGGAGUAGAAACAUAGAUGAGUCACAAGAUCGAAAAAGUGAAUUAAAGGUACUUAACAUGCUACAACCUCACAAGGGUUUAAAAGAGCUCACUAUUAGACACUAUGGCGGUGCAGAAUUUCCAACUUGGUUAAGAGUUCCCUCAUUUUGUAAUAUGAUAGUUUUGAAGAUUGAAAGUUGUGCAAAGUGCACAACCUUGCCAGCAGUGGGCCAGUUACCAUCACUUAAAGAACUUUUCAUCAAAGGCAUGGCCAGUGUGAAAAAUAUUGGAAGUGAGUUUUGCGAGGAAGGUUGCUCACAAGCUUUCAAAUCCUUGGAGAUUUUGCGUUUCCAGAAUAUGCAAGAAUGGGAGAACUGGAUUCCUUGUGAAGAAUUUCCAAAACUGCUUAAGCUUUCUUUUAUAAGGUGUCCCAAGCUUGUCGGUAAGUUACCAAACCACCUUCCUUUAUUACAAAACAUUGUGAUAAAUCAAUGUAGGCAAUUGGUGGUUUCAAUUUCAUGCUUUCCAGAGCUAUGCAAACUAAAAAUUGAGGAAUCAGAAGGGGUGGUGCAUAGAGGCAAGGUUGACUUCGGUUCACUACGCUUCUCGUCUCUUUCAACAAUUUCAGAAUUCACAUGUCAAAUAGAAGGGUUUAUAAUGGAAGGGCUGACAAGCGUGGAAGAUUUGACGAUUGAAACUUGUGAGGAGCUUACGCCUUUGUGGUCAAAUGAUGUGGGAUUACUACAACAUCUCCCAUGUCUUCGUGUUUUGAAUAUUUCUAAUUGUUCCAAACUUGUUUCUUUGGUGGCAAAAGAAGUGGAAGAGCAGCUACAUUUGGGUUGGCCAUCCAAACUCAAAGAAAUCAGGAUAAGAAAUUGCGAGGUCCUAGAAUCUUUACCCAAGUCAAUGAUGCACAACAACACGUGUGUUGAGUAUAUUCAUAUCAGUAACUGUCCUUCCCUUACGUACUUUGCAGUAGACCAACUACCUCCAAUGCUAAAGCGGCUAUAUAUAGAAGAUUGUAAUAUGCUGAUUUCGUUGGAUGGGGAUGAUGUCAACAAUUGUGGCAGCAGCACAUCUCUUCUUGAGCACUUGAUAAUUAUGAAUUGUCCAUCGCUCAAAUCCUUAACACCAAGCAGAGAAUUACCUACAACACUUAAAUCCCUCACAAUUUCGAAUUGUAAGAAUCUGGAGUCGAUAGCGAAGAGCUUCCAUCACAACUCGUCUCUUGAAGUGAUUGAUAUCGAAUCAUGUGAGAAUCUUAAAUCCUUACCCAUGGGCAUACACAACCUCAGCCAUCUGGAUAAUAUUUAUAUUUUCAAAUGUCAAACUCUUGUUUCCUUCCCAGACAAAGGGUUGCUCCCUGCCAACCUGAGAUCACUUUCGAUUUUCGAAUGUGAGAAAAUGCAGGUCUCGCCCAACUGCAUACAAAACCUCACCUCUCUUCAAGGAUUGUGGAUAAGAAAAUGUCCAAGCAUUAAUGUAUCAUUUUCGGAAGUAGGUUUUCCCACCAGCCUAACAUCACUUUCUAUCGAUGAUAUGGCGUCGUUUAACGAGGCCUUUUUUGAGGGGGGAUUGUACAAGCUUACCUCUCUUAAAAAACUUGAUAUUUUCGGUCACUCUCCGCAUCUGGUGUCCUUCCCAGAGAUGAUGCUACCUGUCUCUCUAACCAGCCUCAUCAUCAGAGACUUCCCGGAUUUGAAAUGCUUAUCUUCCAAAGGCUUUCAAAACCUUGCCUCUCUUCAAUUUUUGUUUAUCUUGGAUUGUGAAAAGCUCACGUCCUUCCCAGAGGAUGGCUUCUCUCCCUCACUCCUGCGGCUUUAUAUCCAGAGAUGUCCUCUACUAGAAAAACGUUGCAAGAAAGAUCGAGGACCAGAGUGGUUCAAGAUAGCCCACAUCCCUUGCAUUGUAAUUGAUGGGAGAUUAAUUUAUGAACCAGAAUAGGAGAAUCCGUGAAUCCGAGUUUUGUUUGAUGCAAGUAAAGUUUCAAGAAAUAAAUCCAAAGCAAGAGGAUAGGUGUUUGUUAAAAUGCCCAAGCGACAACGUUGAGAGAGGAGGCCUUCGAAUAUGAGUUUUUCAUUACUAUUUGACCCUCCAAAUAUAGGUAAGUAACUAGAUAUUGAUCCUUUGAUAAGGUUGGCAUUCAUAUUCAGUAACUGGAUUGAUCAUGUUCAUUCAUUUAAUUUUCAUUGAGAAGAAGUAGAUGGGAUUAUCUUAACGUUGUAUCCCCAUCAUCAACAAACGGAUCCGGAUUAUGAAUAUAAAGAGAUGGUUCAAAAGGCUGGUGCAAAUUGUUACAACUUUCUCCAUCUGUGUAUUAAUUCCUGUAUAAUUGGAGGUGUGCAGCUUUAUUUUGAAACAAUGGUUGCCAAUCUGUUAUGUUUUUCUA